CUGCCAGUAGAUAUGAAUUACACGAGACCGUUGACACAAUCAUACGCGCUUGCAGAAACAUUGUUGACUGUCCUGACUUGUUUCGCAGCCCAUGUAGCUCCGUAGCGCUGUAAUAUUGCUGAGAAAUGCAAGAGCAAGGCGGGGGAAGGGGCAAGCGGCGAAAACUGCGGGAAGGCAUUUUGAACAAAAACUGGCAUUCACAACAGAGAGCGCUCUACCACUGCAACAACUGUCAGAAAGACAUUUCACACGUGCCACGCAUACGAUGCGCGGAGUGCAAGGACUUCGACCUGUGCCUUGAGUGCUUCUCCGUAGGUGUGGAGAUCAAGCCGCACAAGAACACACACGACUACCAGGUGGUCGAGAACCUGUCCUUCCCCAUCCUGCACCCGGACUGGGGGGCGGAUGAAGAGAUCCUAUUGCUGGAGGCCAUUGACGUGUACGGCCUGGGCAACUGGCUGGGCGUCGCGGACCAUGUGGGUGGCGGCAAGUCGGCGGCCGAGUGCAAGCGGCACUACUUCCAGACCUACAUCGACCACGGCCAGAUGCCGCUGCCGGUGCCGGCGCCGGAGAUGGCGCAGGUGGACAUGGCCCAGUGCAUAGGCCGCGCGCGGCAGGGCUACGCGCGGCAGCAGUACCGGCCCAUGCAGGGCGCGGCGCUCCUGGCCGCCGGCAGCAACGGCCCCGCCGCGGCCGCGGCCGCGGCCGCAGGCGCGGGGGGAGCUUCCGGGGUCCUGGGGGUGGACGGGCGGAUGAGCAGCGAACCGCCAGGGGCGGGCGCGGCCUCGCCUUCCAUGGAUGUGGAUGAGCCAGACCGGCCAGCGGACGGCGCAGCAGCGGCAGGGGCAGGGGCAGCAGGAAAUGGCGAUGUUUCGGCGGGCGAGGAGGCGGGGCCAAAGGCGGAUGGCGCCGCGGGGGCGGGUGGGGCGGAGGCAGGGGCGGGCGGGGAAGCGGGCGGGAGCCCCCUGGCGAACAAGGGGCUGAAGCGGCAUCGGCAUGAGCAGGAGGCGGAGGAGCAGGCGGGGCCAAAGGACGCGCACGGGCCACACGCGUUGGUCGGCGGGCGGAGCAUGCACCACGAGGGGCCGCCAGCGGCCGGCGGCAAGGCAGCCGGCGGCAAGGCCGAGGCUGCGGCCGGCCCGUCGGAGCGCUCGGCGCCGGAGCCGUCAACGCGCGGCGAGCCGGCGCAUGCCAAGCCGUACAACGCGCCGGGCACGUACGACAGCACGGGCUUCCACGCCAAGCGCAUGGAGUUCGACCCCGAGUACGACAACGACGCGGAGACCAUUGUGGCGGACAUGGAGUUUAACGAGUACGACACGCCGGCAGACGUGCAGAUGAAGGUCCAGAUGCUGCAGCUGUACAACAGGCGUCUGGACGAGCGCGAGCGGCGGCGGUCCUUCCUGCUGGAGCGCGGCCUCAUCAACUCGCGGGCGGUGCAGGCGCCGGAGAAGCGCCGCAACCCGGCAGAGCGAGACCUGCACGCGCGCAUGCGCGUCUUUGCGCGCUACCAGCCGCAAGCGGCGCACGAGGAGUUUGUGGAGGGGCUGGUGCUGGAGGCGCGGCUGCGCAGCCGCAUUGCCGAGCUGCGGGAGUACCGCCGCAACGGCAUCCGGACGUUUGCGGACGCAGAUACGUACGAGACGGAAAAGCGGAGACAGAAGGCGGCGGCGGACGCGGCCAUCGCGGCGGCCAACGCCGUGCACGGCAUGCCCUACGGCUACGGCGGCCCGGGCCGCGGAGCGGGCGCCGCCGCCGCCAAAGCGGCGCGCGCUGCGGCUGCCGCGGCUGCGGCCGGCAUGAUGCCGCCGGGUGCUCUCAUGUCGCCCACGUCACUGCAGAGCCCCCCAGGCGGUGUCGGCGGCGGCGCCUUCACGCCCAUGGGACUGGGGGCUCCGGGCACAGGCGGCCCGAUGGGCAUGAUGCAGGCGGGCGUGACGGACGACCCAGUCGCCGCGGCCGCCGCGGCGGCGGCGGCCAUGGGCGGGAAUCCGGUGGCAGCAGCUAUGGCGGCAGCUGCCAACACGGCCGGGGCACCUUCCGCUGCGGCAGCCGCUACCUCGUCCGACCCUGCGCGGCCGCUGGUGGCAGUCCCCAUGGGCCGCGGCACGGGCACCGCGCUGGCGCACUGGCGCGCGCGGCGCGGCGUGCCGCUGGACGUGACGUGCCUGCCGGGCGUGGAGUUGCUCAGCAGCCGCGAGCGGGAGCUGUGCGCGGCGGCGCGGCUGCUGCCCGCGCACUACCUGGCGCUGAAGGACGUGAUGCUGCGGGACGCGGAGAAGAACGGCGCCAUCAGCCGCACGGAGGCCCGCUCCUUCUUCCGGUUGGACCCGUCCCGCUCCCUGCGCAUCUACGACCUGCUGGUGGCGGCGGGCUGGGUCACCGCGGCGCCGGGGCCGGGCGGCAAGCUGGGCGCCGGGGCCGGCGGCAGCGGCCAGCUGCGGCUGCUGGCGGCGGGCGGCGAGGGGGAAGGUGACGACGGCGCUGGCGGCACGGAGGGCAUGGACCUGGACGACCAGGGCGGCGACGAGUAGAGGAAGCGGACGAACAGGGGCGACCAACACACACCGGGAGCGGCGCGAGCGCAUUCUGACUGGUAGCAGAAGCGCCGGCGAGCGGGUGGAUUAGCCCUUGCUUGGGCGUGCGAACAUAGGCGGGGAUACGGAUUGAUUGGCCUGGGUGUCCCGGUGGAUUAUGGAUAAGGCGUGCAGAUAUGGUGCCGUGGUGUGGUUGCGACAAGUUCGACGUGGCUGGCGGUGCUGGCUAAAUAAUACGUCAACCCACGUUACGGUACCUGCUGUGCCAGGUUGGGAGUGAGAGAGGAUGAACAUAGCGGUGUGUGAGCUGGAGUGAGUGCAAUCGCUUAGCCAUGGCGCGUUAACGAAGUCUGGCGUCAGGCUGUUCGGCUGAGGAGGAAGACGGGAAGAGUGGGACAUUUGCGAAGCAGUGACGCAAUCCAGGUUCUGAGUCCUGACUGCAAAACGGGAAGCUGCGGGCGGAACGCCAAUGCCGAUGGGCCC